AUCACUACAAUGUUACAUUGUUUAUUAACUUUGCAAUAUUAAAUGUAUUGAAGACACCAUCUGUAUUGUAACCUUGUCUCGGUUGUCCUUAAAAUGGACCAAAAAUACACCUUUAAAAGUUGUUGUUAGUUAUAUUGACUUAAUGAUUUUGUGUUGCUCUUUAGCAAGAGUGUGUAUUUAGAGACAAUUUAAACAGUUGAAAGUGGAUCGUUUUUGGGAUAGUUGGGAGUGUAAGUGGGCUGUGUACUUCAAGAGUUGCUGUCAGUGGAGUAUUUAUUCGCUAUAAAGUAAUCCCAGACUGCAUUCCUCGAAUCAAAUGGUUUAUUGUGUGGUUGGAAACGGGUCCCAGUGGGCAGACGAUGGUAUAAAAACAGUAUAUGAAUCUAUAAAGUACAGAGUUCCAGGGAACAUUAUAAAACUGGGACCAACAGAAUGGAAAUGAUGGACUAGGUUUAGAAUAAUCAUCUAAAUGGAUUAACUUUACCUCAAAGUUUCAUUUUAUUUUCUUGGAUAGAGACCUGAAGUAGUAAAGAAGUUCUUUACCAUUUUCAUCCCACGAGCUUACUGAAGAAAUAAGGGAAACCGAGAUAUAGUACUUGAAAACAAUAUCUUAGAACGGAUUUUCAAAUGGAGUACAUGCUGUUUCUUGUCUUGCUGACAACUGUGUCCUCCAUUGCCUUAAACAGGGAGGAAAUCAUGGAAGCCAUGGUCUAUUUAAGGAACUAUGGCUACCUACACAUUCCACUGGACCGUAGUAAGAGCCAAAUGUAUCUGACUGAAGAAAUCACAGAGGCACUGAGAACCUUCCAGAAGGCAACUAACUUGGCCAUCUCAGGAACGUUCAAUGAGGCCACAUUAGAAAUGAUGAAACGACCUCGGUGUGGUGUUGAGGACUCCUUCAAUGACAAAACCCUCAAAUAUCGAGUCAUGGGUUCUACUUGGCGAAAGAAAAUUCUGACCUACCGCAUCUAUAACUACACCCCAGACUUGGGCCUGGCAAAAACACGUGCUGCCCUCAAGGCUGCGUUUAGGUACUGGAGAGAGGUGUCAACCCUGAGUUUCCAGGAGGUGCUGUUUCCAGGAAGAGCAGACAUCAAGAUCUCGUUUCAUAAGAAGGAUAGAUCUUGUCCGGUGCCCUUCGAUGGACCAGGGGGAGUGCUUGCCCACGCAGAUAACCCUGAAUCGGGCAUUGUGCAUUUUGACGAAGAUGAGCAGUGGACAGAGGGGACGACCUCUGGCCAUAACCUGAGGAUUGUAGCAGCCCAUGAGAUUGGUCACGCCCUUGGCCUGGGUCACUCUCAGAACUACAAGGCUCUGAUGGGACCUGUCUACUCUGGUUACCGUGCCAACUUCAAACUACAUCCUGAUGACAUUCAUGGAAUCCAAGCUCUGUAUGGGAAGCCAGGCAAUCGUCCAACACUAUCCAGAAAGCCAAAUGAUUCGUCCCAAGAGGCAGGUUCACCACAUCUUUGCAAGAGUGUCAUAGAUGCAAUUAUGUUAGGUCCUUUUCGCAAGACAUAUGUCUUCAGCGGUCAGUAUGUUUGGACAGUGUCUGACACUACUGGCUACAACACACCCAUCCUGAUCUCUGUGCUGUGGAAGGAUCUGCCAGGGAGCCUCAACGCAGCUGUGUACUCUCAGAGGACCAACAAGUCCUACUUCCUGAAAGGAGACAAAGUGUGGAGGUAUACCAGAUUCAAACUUGACGUUGGCUUUCCGAAACACUUGGCCAGCAUUCCAUCUAAUGUCGAUUCAGCCUUGUACUUCAACCGGAACAACAAAGUGAUCUUCUUCAAGGGUUCUCAGUAUUGGCAGUGGGAUGAAGCUGGGGCAACGGACUCCAGGACGUAUCCCAAACCGAUAUCACAUCUCUUCUCUGGGGUACCCUACAACCUGGAUGCAGCCUUCACAUGGACAAACGGCCAUAUAUACAUUUUCAAAGGGAACCAGUACUGGCGCAUCAACAACAACCAAGUUGUGGAUAAGGGCUACCCUCUCAGAACGAGUGAAAAAUGGAUGCAAUGUGAUUAAUAGGCCUUUAGAGGUCAGUGGUGUUUUAUUUCAAACUCACCUUUAUUCACCAAGUACAUUUACACACACCUAUAAUCAUUUGCCUUAGUGAGAAGGUGCUGCCAGUGAUAGACAAUAUACAAACAGAAUACAGACACUAGUCCACAUAGACAUCAUACAGAAUAUACAAUAUCAGAACAGUAAACAGAAAACUCUGGUGCAUAGGCUGAUUACAGUGGAGAUGUAUCAUUUACAGAGGGGAUAUAUCUAUAUAAGCAGAGUGAGGGAUGCUGCCGUGGCAAAUGUAUACAGUGUUGUACAUAGUGCAGAUUAGUAUUUGAGGUCAUUGGCGACAAGGUGUAGUAAUCGUUCCAAUGCAAAGUCACUUAACCCCUAUGAGCCCGAUGGCCGGUUGAUGAGGGCCACAGCAUGGAGGAAGAAGCUGUUGAGACCGGACAAUGCGCUGCAGUUUGACCUGGCCCUUUCCUCUCCAUUUCUAAUGUAAGACGUCAGCCUCCAGAACCAAAUUUUCACUCCAACACUAUACGGUAUGAAAGUCCCGCCUACUUCCUGGAUCAUGUCCCACCGCAUUUGAAUGGCCUUCAAGAUUACAUCGUCAAAUUCAUGAAAAUGCCAUUGUUGAAGAUACAGUUGAAGUCGGAAGUUUACAUACACCUUAGCCAAAUAGAUUUAAACUCAGUUUUUCACAAUUCCUGACCUUGAAUCCUAGUAAAAAUCCCCUGUCUUAGGUCAGUUAGG